AUGGAUAUUCAUGGCGCACAUACAUUUGAAGCAGUAUUGAAUCGUUCAUGGCAACCUGUGGAACUCAUAAAAAUUGAGUCUGGGAAAACUAUCGUAAAUUUCAUCCAUGCGCAAAAUAUUCAUAGUCAUUUGUUAUCGGACAUUCGGUUACGAUCAAGAGAAGCUACUCCGGCUGAUUGCUCCAGUUUCGUAAGACCUGGAAUUGACAUAUCUGUGCUAUCAAGCUUUGAAUACAAUAAAAAAUCACGUCAAUCUAGCCCAAUAUCGACUGAUGCUAGAGUGAAUUCCGUACACAGAAAACCUCACAAAUCUGACCAAUGUUCAUGUCGGUUUAAAGUAAAUUUUUAUAAUGAUCAAGAUUCAGUUGGUACAGAGAUAAGAACUCUGAAGAAAGAGGUUAGUGUGAUUGGUAUUAAGCAAAUUAGCAUCCUCCAAAGACUUCAACGAAAUACUUGUGAAGGAUCGUUAAGAGAAAAUGAUAGUUCAAAAUUUAAUCUUUAUAUGUGGGAUUCAUCCGAAGACUGCUCUUCAUUGCCACAAUCAAGACUACUUUUCGGGAAGUUUUUGUCUGAUCUUUCCCGGUUUGUUACCGCGUCAUCGUUAAAGAAGGUUUCAUAUGUCAUAAGAUCGGUUCAAAACAAGAUUGUGUAUGAAGUUAUGGGCAAUGAUCCUAAUAUUAGUGGUCCAAUGAAUGUUUUGAACUUCAAAUCCUGUGAUGAUGGUAAGAGUGGUCCAAAGGUUAAUAAGGAAAAUCAGUUGACUGAUGCUAAAGGAAAGAACGCUGUUGAUGUGUUAAAUCAUGAGCCAUACAAUGAGUCUCCAUUAUCAUGUGAUGAAGAAGGUGGUUAUAAUGUUUCUUCGGGACAUGUUAAUAAUUUCUGCACAAAGAAGUUUAAGAGAAGGCGGUUGUGUAAGGAGCUUAUGGAUUUGAUAACUUUAUGGGAAGCGAUACAAUCCAAAGAAGGUGUUCAAAAGAAAACGACAAACAGUAUCGAUGAUCAUGAAGAACAGGAUCAUAAAGGCGGUAGAAUGUUAAAUGCUGAUGCCUGUGAGGAAGUAAUCGAUGCUUACAUGGAUAAUUUUGAUAGCCUACCAACUGAAGAAGAUCCAACUAUCAGUGAAGAAAGACAGUUUGAGCAGGAGAAAGAAAACGUAUCGGAAAAAGGUGAUGAGGUAGAAAAUCCUGAUGAUUUGGCCGACAUGUGGGAAGAAAUGGAAACAGCUUUGACAUCAAGUUAUCUUCUUGAUGGAAAUGAGGUGUGUGACUGAAAUUUGCUUUCAUGUGAUAUCAUAUGUUUUUUAGUUUAGUUUUGAUAUCCUAUCUGUAUAAAAUGUUUUACACUGUCAACAAAAUCAGUCAGUCAUAUGAUUGACAGUUGAACCAUUUAUGGUUGAAGUCAAAUAUGUUUAAUGAUAUGACAGUUAUGAUUUAUAGGCAGUGUACAGAAGUUUUACACUCACAUAUAU